AGGCUACUCAUUCCUUUGACAUUUUCACUCCUCCGGCCCUCUGGCACCAGCUCCCACCAUGACCCAGCGAUCCUCUGUCACCAUCAAGUCAGGGGGCACUCGGAACUUCAGUGCUUCCUCAGCCAGCCUCCUCCCAGGCUGCCGGCCCAGCUUCAGCUCUGUCUCCAUGUCCCAGAGCGGGAAGAGUUUUGGGGGUGGCUUUGGAGGUGCAUUCGGGACCAGGAGCCUCCACAGCCUUGGGGGUAGCAAGAGAAUUUCAGUCAGCGGGGGCUACUGCCCCAGCCGGGCCAGCCUUGGGGGUGCUGGCUAUGGGCUGGGUGUCGGGGGCAUAGGGUACAGGGUCGGGGGAGCCUGCGUUGGUUAUGGAUUUGGAGGUGGGGUGAUGCCUGGCGCUGGGGGUAUCCAGGAGGUCACUGUCAACCAGAGCCUCCUGACACCCCUCCACCUGGAGAUUGAUCCCUCCCUCCAGCGGGUGCGGAAGGAGGAGAAGGAGCAGAUCAAGACUCUCAACAACAAGUUCGCCUCCUUCAUUGACAAGGUGCGGUUCCUGGAGCAGCAGAACAAGGUCCUGGAGACCAAAUGGAGCCUCCUGCAGGAACAUAAAACCACCAGGGCCAACAUCGAGCCCAUGUUUGAAGCCUACAUCAGCAACCUGAGACGGCAGCUGGACAGCCUGGGCGGAGAGCGGACGAGGCUGGAGACGGAGCUGAAGAACAUGCAGGAGGUGGUGGAGGAUUUCAAGAACAAGUACGAGGAAGAAAUCAACAGGCGCACUGUGGCAGAGAAUGAGUUCGUGGUGCUCAAGAAGGACGUGGAUGCUGCCUAUAUGAACAAGGUCGAGCUAGAGGCCAAGGUGGACGCCUUAAUGGAUGAGAUCAACUUCCUGAGAGCUUUCUACGAUGCGGAGCUGGCCCAGCUGCAGGCCCAGAUCUCUGAAACUUCCGUCAUCCUGUCCAUGGACAACAACCGCAAGCUGGACCUGGACAGCAUCAUCUCUGAGGUCAAGGCCCAGUACGAGGACAUUGCCAACCGCAGCCGGGCUGAGGCCGAGUCCUGGUACCAGACCAAGUAUGAGGAGCUGCAGCGGUCGGCCGGCAGGCACGGGGAUGACCUCCGCACCACCAAGAUGGAGAUCUCGGAGCUGAACCGGGUGAUGCAGAGGCUGCGCUCUGAGAUUGACAACCUGAAGAAGCAGUGUGCCGCACUCCAGGCCGCCAUUGCUGAUGCUGAGCAGCGUGGGGAGCUGGCCCUCAAGGACGCCAAGCACAAGCUGGCUGAGCUGGAGGACGCCCUGCAGAAGGCCAAACAGGACAUGGCCCGGCAGCUGCGGGAGUACCAGGAGCUCAUGAACGUCAAGCUGGCCCUGGACAUCGAGAUCGCCACCUACCGCAAGCUGCUGGAGGGCGAGGAGUGCAGACUGACCGGAGAAGGUGUUGGACCUGUGAACAUCUCCGUGGUCUCCUCCUCGGGGGGCACAGGCUACAGCGGGAGUGGCGGCCUCUGUGCGGGUGGAAGCGGCUACAGUGGAGGCCUUUGCUACAGCGGCAGCGGCUUCAGUUCCACCAGUGGCCGCAGCAUGAGCGGCAGCAGCUCCAGCAUGCGCAUCAUCUCCAAGACAUCUUCCACCAAGAAGAGCUACAGGAGCUAAAGGCCCUGCCUGCCUCGGCUGCCUCCUCUCUCCUCUUGAUUCCCACCUAAGGCCUGUUGCUUUGCUGACGCCCCAUGCACAUGCAGGAGGCACAGGGAGCAGGCAGUGAGUGGCCCAUGAGUCCUAAGGUCACCUUCUCCAUCCCUCUGCCUCCAGACAGGUCCCCAUGGAGGUAUGCCCCUCACUUCCUAUCCCAGGGCCCUCCCACAGGCAUCCAUGCCAACUAACACUAACUCAACUGCUGUGCCAAGACUAGAGCUGGGACUUGCCUCAGUAGCUUCCAGAAUAGGGGUGCAGUAGGGUCUUCCUCCUUCUGCCCAACUCAGACCCACUGCAAUGCCACUGGGGGACUUAGAAUUGGACUUGGUGCCCCAAAUAAGUUGACUGUAGUCCAUGCCAGAGUCUACACCCUGUGUGCUUCUCACAGCAGACAGACCAUUUUUCCUGUAGGUCCCCUCAAACGAUUGCAAUCCCCUCACUUCCUUCCCUCUUGGCCUUGCCCAAAUCCCCAGCCACUUCUCCUGACAACUCCCACCAUCAGAAUAUUUGAAAGAGCAAUCAACGCCCUUCAGAAUAUUACCAACUUGAUCAUUCAUACUAGGAUGGAAUCUCCAUGGCCUGGAGCUAAAUUCCAUGAUAAAUCAUAGCCAAAUUCCUUCCAAAUCUGUCAUCCCUAACAGAAAUGUCCCACGGAUGAGUGGGAGGAAAGGACGCUCCCGGGAGAGGGGGCCGCAGCCACACCAGGAGGAGGGACCACUUAGCCAGCGUCAGAACCGCCCUGGGAGAGCCUCCUGCGAUGGUCCUCCAGGCCGGAGCUUCUCUCUCCUCUGCUAGCCUCAUCUCUCUUCGGGAAACUUUUCUUUCCAUUUCACCUACCCGUUCACCUUCGCUCCUUUUCCUACCCAUCCUUUACCACCUUGUGAGUCUCCCUUCUAAGCUCCCUCCUCCCCUCUCUUUUAUUUCCCUCUUUUCUUCCUCUCCCACUCAUCCGUUUGGCAGUGUAUGUCCUGCUCUCUCUCUCGCCUGACCUUUCUUUUUCUCUCUCUCUGUCUCUGACAUGCCUGUGGUGUGGAUUCACUGGUCGCCAGCUCUAGCUAGAACUGAACCUCUUUAAGGCAGCCCACUAAAGUCUCUGCCCCACGGGCAAGGCCUAGGAGAGCAGACUCUGUUAGGAAGACAGGUAUGUCCUCCCUCCCUCCCUCCAAGAGGAUGCGUUCUCAGGCCCGGGAAGGAAGCAGAGGGAGGGCCGCAGUGGAACAGGGAGUGGGGUAGGCACACAUAUCUUCCCGAGGCUGUUCUUCAUGCAGUGGCUUGAAAAGUUGUAAGCUCUCAAAACACCUGCCAUAUAUUCAAGACCAAAAUGCAUUCCAAAGGCAAGGAGGGGCUGGCUGCUGCACCACUGACAUGAAGACAGGAGAGUUCACAACUUCAGAAAAGUCACUCCUACUCUGAUCGUUUCAAACCCUUCGGAAUUGCCUGCUCCCUGUGCCUGCCUGUUUCCUGAAAUAGCUUCAAUAAAAUGUCACCAAGCUUUCCAG